AUUUUCAAAUAGAACGAAAAGCUAUUGUCAACCUUCAAUUGAGUAAUUAAAUGAUUAUAGGUUAUUGUCACUCACUGACAUAACUACAGAGUCAGAACUGUCAAAAUACGGACGAGGACGUAUACGUAACUGCAGAGACCAGCCAAAUAUUUUAAUUAAAUUUAUUUCAAAUAGCAUUUACAGUGAAUAAUUUUUGAAAAUCUUAAAAAUGUUGCGAUUGAUCCAUAUUCAAGCUAAAAAUGUAUUCCAUUUUUCCACAAUAACUUCGGGAUUUUGCACCAAAGCCCCAUUUCGUCUAUUUAAUGAUCUGAAUGCGGUUAAAAUAGUGGGAACUUUAAUAAGCGAUUCUCACCAACUUCAAUCUGGAGCUCAGCAAUUUACCGUAAAAACAUUUGAUACGGAAGAUAGAUAUUCGAAUCAUACUAUUCGUGUUAAAACAAAAGCAAACUUUACGGCCGGUCAGCGUGUGUUUGUUCAGGGCAAAUUGAUAUCAACCGGACGGAAAUUAUCCGAUGAAAAGUCCAUCACUACAACGACUAUUUUUGGCGAAAAAAUUUUUCAUUUGGAAAAUGAAUGUGGUGGUGAAAGGGAUGAAAACAGCGUUAGCAUCGUCGCCAACGUUGCUACUGAUGUUAAAAUGAGAGAGAAAGAUUGCUCAUUUAACGUAGUCACACAUUUUUCAAAGGAAAACGAAACAGGCGAAAAUGAAAGACAGUCCACUUUCCAUCACGUACUUGCAUUUGAUUCUGGUGUUCGCAACUAUAUUGAAAAUAAUUUGUCAAAAAGCGACCGAGUGGUGAUUUGCGGAAGAAUUGGGCAUAUGACAUAUACAAAUGAUGAUGAUGGACGUAAGGCAUAUUCGGGUUUUAUUGUUGCAGAGAGCAUUUCUAAGAUUCAACGACGGGCAAAAUCUCAAGCUGAAUCAACUGACAAUGAAAAAAUAAAAGAAGAAAAUUAAAAAAAGGAUAAAAGAAAUUAAGUUUUUUUAGUUAAAAUAAAAUAGACACAAUAAAUUGAUGUAUUAAUUACAAAUAUGAUA